AUGCGCUGGACUAAUCUACACCUAUACUCGUGCCUCACGCUUGGCCUGACAUGCGAAGCACAGCGGUACAACGUGUUUUCGCGCCAGCUCGCCCCGUACGUGAGUGCGAUCGCCUCCCUGCUCGGCGGCAACGGGCUCGCUCCCGCGGCCUCUGGUACCCUGCAGGGCCUCCUCGGCCGUGACCAGGAGUUCGACUACGUUGUCGUGGGAGGUGGCACCGGGGGCAACGCCAUAGGGUACCGUCUGGCGGAGGCGGGCUUCAGCGUCGCCAUCGUCGAGGCCGGGACCUUCUUCGAGUUCUCCAAGCCCGGCUUCUCCACCAUCCCGGGACUUGACGUGCUGUUUGUCGGCUCGGAGAGCUACGAGGCUCUGUCCGCAGCGGAUUGGAAGUUUCAGACGACGCCACAGCAAGGUGCGGACAAUCGCAAAUUCCACGUGGCUCAGGGAAAGUGCGUUGGCGGCUCAUCAGCUUGGAACUUUAUGAUCCAUCAUCGCGGCCCCACGGGCGUGUUGGAUCAAUGGGCCCAGUCCGUGGGAGACGACAGCUACAAGUUCGACAGUUUCGAACCGUAUUACAAGAAAUCCGUGACGUUUACCCCCGGGAGCGCCUCGAAGCGGCCUGCCGGCACCUGGUCCCAGUCUGCCGCGUCCGAUUUCGCUUCUGCAGGACAGGGCGGCCCCGUCCAGGUCAGCUACACGAACUUCGUCUCCGACUGGUCGCUGUGGUUGCAAAAGGGCCUAGCAGCCGUCGGGCUCAAAGAGACAGAUGGAUUCGACCGGGGUUCACUGCUGGGAUACCACUACACGACGACGACCACGCGACAGUCCGACGCAACCCGCAGCUCAUCUGCCGAAUACGUCUACGCUGCGAACAAAAAGGGAUUGAAGAAUCUCAAAGUCUUCACCAACACCCAGGCUUCCAAGAUCAACUUUGAUAGCGGCAAGAAGGCAAGCAGUGUCACGGUGCUCUCGGCCAUCAACACCGAGUACACCAUCAAGGCGAAAAAGGAGAUCAUUGUCAGCGCCGGAGCCUACAGCUCGCCACAGCUGCUCAUGCUUUCCGGCAUCGGGCCUGAAGAUACGUUGAACCAGCACGGGAUCCCCAUCGUCUCUGCGCUGCCCGGCGUCGGCCAGAACAUGUGGGACCACAUCUUCUUCGGGCCAUCGCACGCCGUCAAGUUCAAGACCAUCGACUCGAUCCUGCACAAUCUCGCUGACACGGCCGUCGCGGUCAGCAAGUACCUGCUCAGCCACUCGGGCAUCCUGGCUUCCAACGGCAUCGAGAUGGUCGGGUGGGAGAAGCUGCCCGCGCAGCUGCGGGGCAACUUCUCCGCGGAAACGAAGCAGAAGCUCGACUGGUUCUCGGAGGACUGGCCAGAGGUGGAGUUCCUGGGCGGCAACGGGUACAUCGGGACGUUCGGGUCGCUGCUGACGCAGCAGCCGACGGACGGACGGCAGUACGCGACGCUGCUGGGCGCGCUGGUGGCGCCGCUGUCCCGCGGCAACGUGACCAUCGCGUCGACGUCGGUGCGCGACCAGCCGGUGAUCAACCCCAACUGGCUGACCGACGAGGGCGACCAGCAGGUGGCGGUGGCGCUGAUGAAGCGAUUGAGGCAGGUGUGGGCGACGCCGGAGCUGCAGUCCAUCUCGGACGGGGACGAGUACUUCCCGGGCGAGGACGUGCAGACGGACGAGGCGCUGCUGGAGGUCGUCCGACAGUCGCUGAUGACGGUGUGGCAUCCGUCGUGCACGUGCAAGAUGGGCAAGAAGGAGGACAAGAUGGCCGUGGUGGACAGCUCGGCGCGGGUGUUUGGCGUGCAGGGGCUGCGCGUGGUGGACGCGAGCGCGUUUCCGAUACUGCCGCCGGGACAUCCCAUGGCAACGAUUUAUGCGCUGGCUGAGAAGAUUGCUGAGGACGUCAUUCGCACUGCCAAUCAGUGA